AUGCAUAUCGAAUCUAUUCCCAUGUGGACGGGAACGGGCAAUAAUUAUGCCUAUCUAAUAUCCGAUGAAGUAUCAAAGGAUGCGAUGAUCGUGGACCCUGCACAUCCUCCAGAUCACCCUGACCAUGCCGGUGGCAAUGCGAGGAUUCUCGAGCAAUUCGGCAAGCUGCCCAUCAUUGGGGGCAGAGAUUGCUUGUCCGUCACCAAGACUCCCAAACACGGGGAAACGUUCAAAAUAGGAGAACGCGUUCAAGUGACUGCUCUGCAUACGCCAUGUCACACCCAGGAUAGCAUCUGCUAUUUUGCGGAAGACGGUGACCAACGAGUUGUAUUUACAGGAGAUACGCUUUUCAUUGGAGGAUGCGGCCGAUUCUUUGAGGGAACUGCUGAGCAAAUGAAUAAUGCACUGAAUCAUAUUCUUGCUGGGCUUCCAGACGAUACUAAGGUCUAUCCCGGCCAUGAAUACACAAAGCAGAACGUGGAAUUCUGCCUCGAAAUAUCUCAAUCAGAACCAAUCAAAAAGCUACAAGCGUUCGUAGAGAAACAUAAGGAAACCCAGGGUAAAUUCAACAUCGGCGAUGAGAAGGCUCAACGAUCCGGAAAUCCAAAAAGCUACGAAGAAAACUAA